AUGAGCAAGGAAAAGAUGACUAGGGAUAAAGGAACCAUCCCCAAAUAUUCAAUCGGUGAAAUGGUCUGGCUAGAUGGAAAGAACGUGGAACUCAGGACCAACUCCAACAAACUGGAUCCUAAGAGACUAGGCCCUUUUGAAGUUUUAGAGAAGAUUUCCAGUCAUGCAUACCGCCUAAAGCUGCCGGAAACCUUGAAAAUCCACGAUGUGUUCUACGUGGGACUAUUGUCCAAAGUCCAUGAGUCCCCUAGCCAACCGUUUCCAGAACGACCCCCUCCAGAAACAAUUGAGGGGGAAGAAGAGUAUGAAGUGGAACAAAUCAUUGACUCAAAAAGGCAACGAGGAAAAUGGUUCUAUCUGAUCAAGUGGAAAGGAUACGGCCCAGAAGACAAUUCUUGGGAACCAGAAGAACUCUUGGAGCACAGCCAGGAGGAAAUUCAACGUUUCAACAAGUCACGACUGAAAAAGGCUCGUGACUCCGCCAAGAGCCUUUAA